GUAUUUGCAGCUUGAAUUUGUCCUUUGCUGUUUUUGCGAGGCGGAUGGAGGAUCAAAAAUGUCGGUUAAAGGGGGUGGAACGAAAAGGUUUUAUUUUAACACUGUCUUAUCCCUUGCUCGAUCUCUGGCAGCGCAGCAGCAGGCUCCAGAAGAAAAGGUAAAGAAACUACAAUGCAUGUGCCCGGUGGACUUUCGUGGCGUCUUCCAGCUGGACGAGCGGCGCAGAGAUGCCGUGGUCGCCCUGGGCAUCUUUCUGGUGGAGUCUAAGUUGCAGCACAAAAAAAUAAUCCUGCCAUACCUGCUCGCGCUGCUGAAGGGAUUGCCUCGCGUGCAAUGGAUCGAGGAAAGCACCGAACGAAAAGCCCGGGAGAUUCUCCCUGUAGCAGAGAAUUUCUGCUUUUGCCUGGUCACGCUACUGUCGGAUGUGGCACAGAGAGACGAGAACUCGCGAAGCCAGAUCUUGGAAGCUGUGAUGGACGUCAUGCAGGCUCUGCGCGAGAUGUGCCUGACGCCGGAGAGUCACGAUAAAGAGUACCUGUGCAGGUACACGGUUCCCUGCCUGCUGGGCGUGUCGCGGGCCUUCGGUCGCUAUAGCAACACGGAGGAGCCCCUGCUGUCGCGGCUCUUCCCGCGGGCGGGGCCGGUGCUGGCGUGCGCGGCCGAGGAGGGGGAGGGCGUGCGCCGCCGGUCCUUCAACGACUUCCGCUCCAUCCUGCCCAGCUCCCUGCUGACCGUGUGCCAGGGGCAUACCGCCAGCACCUCCGAGCAGGCCAGUCCUGAAAGAGGAGGGCUGCCCCCUGGUUCUCCUGCUGAGCCGUCUGCUCAGUACUUUGAAGGGUCCUACCUCCCCGACGGCAGCGCGCUGGACCCGCAGUACUUCUUCUCCACGGUCAGCUCCAGCUUCUCGGUGUCGCCGCUCUUCAUGGGCAGCGGCGGGACGGAGUUCUCCCUCCCUCUGGACACGCUCCGGGCCCUGCUGCACAUGGUGAAACAGUUUGUGGCCGAAUCAUUUUUGAAAGCUGUGGACGUGACCAUGGCUGAGCUUGCAGAGGUCAAUCCCAGCAUCGACCUGCACUAUAAGACCUUCAGCGACCCGCUGUAUGUGGCCAUGUUUAAAAUGCUGAGGGACUCCUUGUAUUAUAUGAAAGACCUGCCGACCUCCUUUGUGAAGGAGGUGCACGACUUUGUCCUGGAGCAGUUCAGCAGCAGCCAAUCGGAGCUGCAGAAGAUCCUGCACGACGUGGAGCGGGUGCACAGUGACCUCAGCCCCCUGAAGCUGCGUUGCCAGGCCAACGCCGCCUGCGUGGACCUGAUGGUGUGGGCCGUCACCGAGGAGCAAGGGGCAGAGAACCUUUGCACCAAACUGUCAGAGAAGCUUCAGUCAAAGACCUCCAGCAAAGUCAUCAUCGCACACAUGCCUCUGCUCACCUGCUGUCUACAGGGUCUGGGACGUCUGUGUGAGCGGUUCCCCGUGGUGGCGCACUCUGUCACCAUGUCUCUCAGGGACUUCCUGGUGGUACCCUCACCCGUGCUGGUCAAGCUCUACAAGUACCACAGCCAGUACAGUGCAGCAGGCACCGGCGAGAUCAAGAUCAACGUGACCAAUGAGCACUCACAGUCCCUCAACCUGCUGUCCAAUCGCAAGGGCCAGCCCUCCAUGUACGAGCAGCUGCGCGACAUCUCCAUCGACAACAUCUGCCGGUGUCUGAUAGCAGGGCUCACCAUGGACAGCGUCAUCGUGGAGGCCUUCCUGGCCAGCCUAUCCAACCGCCUGUACAUCUCCCAGGAGAACGACAAGGAGGCCCAGCUGAUCCCAGACCACACCAUCCGGGCGCUGGGGCACAUGGCGGUGGCGCUGCGGGACACACCGCGGGUGAUGGAGCCCAUCCUGCAGAUCCUGCAGCAGAAGUUCUGCCAGCCGCCAUCGCAGCUGGACGUGCUCAUCGUCGACCAGCUGGGCUGCAUGGUCAUCACCGGCAACCAAUACAUUUACCAGGAGGUGUGGAACCUGUUCCAGCAGAUCAGUGUGAAGGCCAGCUCUGUGGUGUACUCUGCCAAGGACUACAAAGACCAUGGAUACAGGCACUGCUCCCUGGCUGUGAUCAACGCGCUGGCCAAUAUCGCAGCCAACCUGCAGGGGGAGCAGAUGGUGGACGAGCUGCUGGUGAACCUGCUGGAGCUGUUUGUGCAGCUGGGCCUGGAGGGGAAGAGAGCGAGCGAGCGGGCGAGCGACAAGGGCCCCGCCCUGAAGGCCUCCAGCAGCGCCGGUAACCUUGGCGUCCUCAUUCCUGUCAUCGCCGUGCUGACCAGACGCCUGCCAACAAUCAAAGAAGCCAAGCCGAGGCUGCAGAAGCUCUUCCGGGAUUUCUGGCUGUACUCCGUCGUCAUGGGCUUCGCCGUGGAGGGGUCAGGGCUGUGGCCGGAGGAGUGGUAUGAGGGGGUGUGUGAAAUCGCCACCAAGUCCCCCCUGCUGACCUUCCCCAGCGGAGAACCCCUGCGGUCCGAGUUGCAGUACAACUCCGCCCUGAAGAACGACACCGUCACCCCGGCCGAGCUGAACGACCUGCGCGGCACCAUCAACAACCUCCUGGACCCACCCCCUGAGGUCGCGGCGCUGGUCAACAAGCUGGACUUCGCCAUGUCCACAUACCUGCUGUCUGUGUACCGGCUGGAGUACAUGAGGGUCUUGCGGUCGCUGGAUGCCGAUCGUUUCCAGGUGAUGUUCCGGUAUUUCGAGGACAAAGCCAUACAGAAGGACAAAUCAGGCAUGAUGCAGUGUGUGAUUGCCGUAGGCGACAAGGUCUUUGAAGUCUUCCUCCAGAUGAUGGCCGAGAAGCCUAAAACCAAAGAGCAUGAGGAGGAGCUGGAAAACCACGCCCAGUUCUUAUUGGUCAACUUCAACCACACCCACAAGAGGAUUCGCCGGGUGGCUGACAAGUACCUGUCUGGAUUGGCAGAAAUGUUCCCUCACCUGCUGUGGAGCGGUCGGGUCCUGAAGACCAUGCUGGACAUCCUGCAGACUCUCUCCGUGUCCCUGAGUGCCGACAUCCACAAGGACCAGCCGUACUACGACAUUCCAGACACCCCCUACCGGAUCACGGUGCCCGACACAUACGAGGCCAGAGAGAGCAUAGUGAAGGACUUCGCUGCUCGCUGUGGGGAGAUCCUGAAGGAGGCCAUGAAGUGGGCACCCUCAGUCACUAAAUCACACCUACAGGAGUACCUGAAUAAGCACCAGAACUGGGUGGCGGGCCUGUCCCAGCACACGGGCCUGGCCAUGGCCACAGAGAGCAUCCUGCACUUCGCUGGGUACAACCGCCACAGCACCUCCCUGGGGACCACGCAGUUAACGGAGAGACCAGCUUGCGUCAAGAAGGACUACUCCAACUUCAUGGCCUCCCUGAACCUCAGGAAUCGCUACGCAGGGGAGGUGGCAGGCAUGAUAAAUGUGGCAGAAGCCACUCGCAGCGGCACGGACCUCAACCAGCUGAUGAUUGGACAGAUGAAACAUGCGCUGGACAGCGGCCAACCAGAGGCCUUCACCCAGGCCAUGUUCAAACUGGCCGCCCUGCUCAUCAGCUCCGCAGAAACGGACCCUCAGCUCCUGCACCACCUGUGCUGGUCGCCGCUGAACAUGUUCACGGAGCACGGCAUGGAGACAGCCAUUGCAUGCUGGGAGUGGCUGCUGGCUGCCCGGGACGGUGUGGAGGUCACGUUCAUGCGGGAGAUGGCGGGGGCGUGGCAGAUGACGGUGGAGAAGAAGAUGGGGCUGUUCUCGGAGGCGAAGGUGGAGGCCGACCCCCUGGCAGCGUCUGAGGAGAGCCAGCCCAUACCCUGCCCCCCCGACGUCACCCCCCACUACAUCUGGAUCGAGUUCCUGGUGCAGCGCUUCGAGAUCGCUAAGUACUCGAGUGCGGACCAGGUGGAGAUGUUCGGCAGCCUGCUGCAGCGCUCCCUGUCCCUCACCGUGGGCGGGCCCAAGAGCAGCCUCAACCGUCACGUGGCCGCCAUCGGGCCCCGCUUCAGGCUGCUGACUCUGGGCCUGGCUUUCCUCCACUCGGACGUGGUGACGAGCACCACCAUCCGCAACGUCCUGCGGGAGAAGAUCUACUCCACCGCCUUCGACUACUUCAGCGGCUCCUCUAAGUUCCCCACGCAGGGGGACAAGAGGCUGCGGGAGGACAUCAGCAUGCUGACCCGCUUUUACGCCGGCAUUCUGUCCGACAAAAAGUACCUCGCGGCCGGCCAGCUGGUGCCCCCCGAUAACCAGGACCCGACCAUGAGCAGCCUGUCUGUGCCUGUCGGGGUUAGGGUUAGGGUUGGGGGGGGGGGUCUGUUCGGUCUAUCGGUGUCCGUCACGCUCAGGGCUUAUGUUUUUACUCCAGGACUUUCAAAGAAGAGCAACCGGGGAACUCAGCUUCACAAGUACUACAUGAAACGCCGGACCCUGCUGCUGGCCUUGCUGGCCAGCGAGAUCGAGCGUCUGACCACCUGGUACAACCCGCUGUCCACCCAAGAGCUGUCGGUGCCCACCGAGCAGUCCGUGGAGACCAGCAUCGCCAACUGGAGGUCCAAGUACAUCAACCUGAGCGAGAAGCAGUGGAAGGACCACGUCAACCUGGCCUGGAGCAUCUCACCGUACCUGGCCCUGCAGCUACCUGUGAGGUUUAAGAAUUCGGAGGCCAUUGUUGCUGAGGUGACGCGGCUGGUGCGUCUGGAUCCCGGUGCGGUCAGCGACGUUCCGGAGGCGGUCAAGUUCCUGGUCACCUGGCACACCAUUGACGCCGACUCCCCAGAGCUGAGCCACAUCCUGUGCUGGGCGCCGGCUGACCCCCCCACGGGCCUGUCCUACUUCUCCAGCCUGUACCCCCCCCACCCGCUCACCGCCCAGUACGGCGUCAAAGUGCUGCGCUCCUUCCCCCCCGACGCCAUUUUAUUCUACAUUCCUCAGAUUGUUCAGGCGCUCCGGUAUGACAAGAUGGGGUACGUGCGUGAGUACAUCCUCUGGGCUGCCCAGACCUCCCAGCUCCUGGCUCACCAGUUCAUCUGGAACAUGAAGACCAACAUCUUCCUGGACGAGGAGGGACACCAGAAAGACCCUGAUAUCGGGGAGCUUCUGGAGCAGAUGGUGGAGGAGAUCACAGGCUCUCUCUCCGGUCCCGCCAAGGACUUCUACCAGCGCGAGUUUGACUUCUUCAACAAGAUCACCAACGUCUCCGCCAUUAUCAAGCCCACGCCCAAAGGGGAGGAGCGUAAGCGGGCGUGUCUGAAAGCCCUGUCCGACAUCCGGGUCCAGCCUGGCUGUUAUCUACCCAGCAACCCAGAGGCGAUUGUGCUGGACAUCGACUACAAGUCCGGGACUCCCAUGCAGAGUGCUGCGAAGGCCCCUUACCUGGCCAGGUUUAAAGUCAAGCGCUGUGGGGUGAGCGAGCUGGAGAAAGAAGGGCUGAGCUGCCAGUCUGACACCCUGGAGGAGAACGAGGAGGCGGGAGCAGGGGCAGGGAGGGUGUGCUGGCAGGCAGCCAUCUUUAAAGUGGGCGACGACUGCCGACAGGACAUGCUGGCGCUGCAGAUCAUCGGCCUGUUUAAGAACAUCUUCCAGCUGGUGGGGCUGGACCUGUUUGUGUUCCCCUACCGCGUGGUGGCCACCGCACCUGGGUGCGGCGUCAUCGAGUGCAUCCCGGACUGCAAGUCCCGUGACCAGCUGGGGCGGCAGACGGACUUCGGGAUGUACGACUACUUCAGGAACCAGUAUGGCGACGAGUCCACGCUGGCCUUCCAGAAGGCGCGGUACAACUUUAUCCGCAGUAUGGCAGCCUACAGCCUUCUGCUCUUCCUGCUGCAGAUCAAAGAUCGGCACAACGGCAACAUCAUGCUGGACAGCAAGGGUCACCUCAUCCACAUUGAUUUCGGGUUCAUGUUUGAGAGCUCCCCUGGGGGGAACUUGGGCUGGGAACCGGACAUCAAGCUGACGGACGAGAUGGUGAUGAUCAUGGGUGGGAAGAUGGAGGCCACACCCUUCAAGUGGUUCAUGGAGAUGUGUGUGCGUGGUUACCUGGCAGUUAGGCCCUACAUGGAUGCUGUUGUUUCCCUGGUAACGCUGAUGCUGGACACCGGGUUGCCGUGCUUCCGAGGACAGACCAUAAAGCUGCUCAAGCAGAGGUUCAAUCCCAACGCCAGUGAGAAGGAGGCCGCAGCUUUCAUCAUUAAAAUCAUCCAGAGCUGCUUCCUCAGCAGCAGGAGCAAAACCUACGACAUGCUGCAGUACUACCAGAAUCAGAUCCCGUACUAGCACCCAGUUAAGGACACGCUCCAACCCCCUUCGGUGUUUUCCCAAACCAAAAUCACUUUGAUAUACUCCGAUAAUCUGCACUUUAUAUAUUUAAUAUUUCACAGACCUUCGUUAGCCCUUUCCUAGAAUUUAAAACAGUGAAUUACAUGUUAGGUCAGACUCAUGCUCUUUCAUUCGAGGGCUAAAAGUCUGGGACAUUUCCCCGGCAUCCCAGAGCUGUUUACUGUAUCUGUCUGUGGUAAAUGGGUAUUUUGAAAAGGUGUUGUUCUAUUUUUCUUUCUUUUUUAACUUAUUAUUCUUGAAAUUUCAUUUUUUAAAGUCGAUGUGUGUAUUUUUGGAAUGCAGGUGUUUGUAUAGCAAGUUUUAUCCUUAACUUGAAAACUUCAGGACUGGGUUUAGUUUGUGUCACCCAAGAAGCCAUUUCUGAGUCCCCUUGUCUGUGUGUCUGUGUCCCGUGUCUCUGUGUCUGUGCCCCAGUGUCUGUGUCCCUUAUGUCUGGGUCUCUGUGUAUGUCCCCGUGUCUGUCCCCAUGUUUGUGUCUCUGUGUUUGUGUCUGUGUCUUUGUGUCUGUGUGUCUAUGUCCCUGUGUCUGUGCCCCAGUGUCUGUGUCCCUUAUGUCUGGGUCUCUGUGUAUGUCCCCGUGUCUGUCCCCAUGUUUGUGUCUCUGUGUCUGUGUCUCUGUGUCUGUGUGUCUAUGUCCCUGUGUCUGUGUCUGUGUCUGUGUCCCCCGUGUUUGUGUCCCUGUGUCCCCAUGUCUGUGUCCCUGUAUCUGUGUGUGAAGGACCCGCUAGGUUAAGCUAAGCGUUGAUCUCCUAAUGCAGUUUUUUCCUGAUUAAAUGUACGUUUCCCUGACUGCCUGCUAAGAGCUGUUCUGUGUUAGGGUUCAUGGGGUUUGCUGCAUGUACAUCCCUGGCUGUGACUGUGGAAAAACAUUUAAAUUUCUAUUUUUGAGAUAUGGUUAGAGUACAUGUUAUAAUAAUAGUACCUUAUCUGGUAGAUUCAUAGGAAUGAAAGAUUUUAAAAAUGAACACCAAUUUCAUGCAGUGUGUCUAAUAGAUUUAUACAGGACAGAUACUGCACUGUGGACAGGAGAGAAAACAAUCCAAAUCAUCAUUUGCUGCAAAUAAGUAGAAUCCAUUUGAGUAAUUUUACAUUUUUGGUUAUUGGUGUUUUUCCUCUUUGUGUAAGUUUCUGAUAACUGUGCGAGCUGAGACUCAGGCUUCUCAGAGAAGUCAAACCCAAGACCGGGACUUAAUGCAAAUUAGCGUUGGAAUUAGAGUUCAGUUCUGAACAGAUGUGGAGCCAGGAGCCUGAGCUGUGCUGUGCUGUUUCUGAAGGAGAGGGAAGUUUUAUCUAAGUGCAGCUCUGCUGUGUCACAGAAUGCAUUUUUUGGUUAUCCGGUGUAGUACUGAUGUAGUAUUACCUCUAUAGCACUCAUGAGUAAAGUGUGCUUAUUGUGUAUGUAGUGAAGUAUGCUCAUCAGUAAAGUAUGCUUAUUGUGUAUGUAGUGAAGUAUGCUCAUCAGUAAAGUAUGCUUAUCGUGUACGUAGUAAAGUAUGCUCAUCAGUGAAGUAUGCUUAUCCUGUACUAGUAAAGUAUGCACAUCAGUAAAGUAUGCUUAUUGUGUACUUUACUGGGCACAUUUCCAAGUUGUUCCCACAAGAUAAGUGUUAGAGCAUGUUUAUGACAAAGAGGAAAGUUAAUCUGUUACAUGACAACACAGAGCACGCACUUACUGUGGAAAAGUGAGAAAAAGAUGUAAAAAUGUGGGAAAUUGCGAAGAUGAGGAAAAAUAUGGAAAAUGUGGGAAAUGUCAGUGAAUGUUGGGCGGAAUUCUGGAAUGAUAUGGUUGUUUUACAUGAGCACAUUGGUAUAUUAAAUUAUAAAAAAACAUGAUGAAUAAAUUCUCCACUCAGAUUUGAGGCAUGGAAAUGUGUGUAAAGCAGGCUGGUGUGUGAAACUGGCAUUCUGAGUGGGUUUAGAGCAGCUCAGUGGACUCAGUGUGCAGAUGUGAUGCUGCUUUGAGCAGCUGCUGUCUGUCUGUCUGUCUGUCUGUCUGGGGCAUGGUGCUUUAUAAACGUAAUGUUAGAAUUCACUGGUCUGUUCAUAAGUGGCUGUUGGCUCACAGUGGCCUGUGGGCUGCUAGCACUGUGAGGAAAUGGGGGAAAAUCUGGGAUUUAAAUUUUGUAACUGAGUGGAAACCCUGUCAGUGGAAUUUUAUUUAAAGAUAGACUUGAAAUUAAAAAAAGAACAAAUG